CAGACCGGUUCUGGAGACAAAAGGGGCCGCGGCGGCCGGAGCGGGACGGGCCCGGCGCGGGAGGGAGCGCAGCACGGCGGGCAGCGAGCGAGAUGCAGCACCGAGGCGUCCUCCUCCUCGCCCUCCUCACCCUGCUGGCGCUCACCUCCGCGGUGGCCAAAAAGAAAGACAAAGUGAAGAAGGGCGGCCCGGGGAGCGAGUGCGCGGAGUGGACCUGGGGGCCCUGCACCCCCAGCAGCAAGGACUGCGGCGUGGGUUUCCGCGAGGGUACCUGUGGGGCCCAGACUCAGCGCAUCCGGUGCAGGGUGCCUUGCAACUGGAAGAAGGAGUUUGGAGCCGACUGCAAGUACAAGUUUGAGAGCUGGGGGGCGUGUGAUGGGGGCACGGGCACCAAAGCCCGCCAAGGCACCCUGAAGAAGGCGCGGUACAAUGCCCAGUGCCAGGAGACCAUCCGCGUGACCAAGCCCUGCACCUCCAAGACCAAAGCCAAAGCCAAAGCCAAGAAAGGGAAGGGAAAGGACUAGCCACCAGGUCUGGAUGCCAAGGAGCCCGGGGCCAGUGCCCUCCCUCUCACAGGCCCAAGAGCUCACCUACCAGUGCCUUUUGUCUACUCGUUAGCUUUCUCAAUCAUACCCUGCUUCUUCCCUUUCAUUCCUCCACCCCCCACCCCCAAGUGUCCGGGAGGGACAGGGGACUGUGGACAGCUUGAGCCUCCUGCCCCAGAGGGAUGUGAAUCCCGGUACCCGCUUUUCUUCCCCACAAAGAUGCCAUUACUGAGAAAUAAAUAAACCGUUGUGUUUUUGUUUUUUUUUUCUUCCCAAUAAAAGCUUUUCCUUUAAUAUAUAAAAGCCCCAA